AUGGUAUCAAACGAAGUUGCAAUUAUUGGCGCUGGCCUUUCGGGCCUCGCACUCGCACUUGCUCUGCACAAACAAUCCAUCCCAUGUACUAUAUACGAAUCACGCUCAGCCUCCCUCGACAUAGGUGGUGCCAUCAUGCUCUCGCCAAAUGCUCUGCGUGUCCUCGAUGCCGUUGGUGUGUACAAGAAAAUAAAACAACUUGGCUUCGAAUUUACCCGUCUAUACUUCUACACCGACAAGCUACUCGACUCUUAUGAGUUUGGAGAUCGGCAAAAAUACGAGUACGAUGCGCUGAGAAUAUACCGGUACGAGUUGAUCGAUGUGCUUCUUGGUGCUGUCAAAGAGAAUGGUAUUCCAAUCGAGUACGGCAGGAAGUUCGUUCGAAUCCUGACAGAGACUGAGACGGAAGUUACCUGGGAAUUUGAGGACGGCAACACUGGUCGGGCUGCCUGCCUUGUUGGAGCCGACGGCAUCCAUUCGCGAGUCCGAAGAUAUCUGUAUCCAAACUUGGAGCCACGAUUCACCAAUGCAGUGGGUGUCACUGCUGCUGUCCUCACAAGCCAGAUCAAAUCUGCGGAUGCAUUCAAAAUGCCUUUAACCAUCAUGAACCCCAAAUAUGGAGCCUUUGUCAUCGCGAAGCAACUAUCUGAUGGAUCUGAGGUCCUGAUCGGCAAGCAGAAGCAGGCCACUGAUCUGGACCGCGAAGGAUGGAACAGGCUUCUGAGCGACAAGCAGUGGUGUGUGGACUUCUUGCGAGAAGGCGCAGAGACUUUUCCCGAGAUCGUGCAGUCGUCUGUCUCCCACAUCCCCUUGGAUAAAGUCAAUCUGUGGCCAUUCUAUGUGGUUCCCAAGCUUGACACCUGGGCAUCGAAGUAUUCUCGGGUGGUGAUCCUUGGUGAUGCGGCGCACGCUAUUCCCCCAACCGCUGGACAGGGAGUCAACCAGGCCUUUGAAGAUGUUUAUACUUAUUCUUUAAUUAUCUCCAAGUGCCGCCAGAACAGCCUGGAAAAAGGCUUGAAGGUUUGGCAACAGGGUCGUCAGGAAAGAAUUGACCGGGUUUUAGAUCUCAAUGCGCAAAUUGAUGCGCGGAGAAUGCCAAAAGAUCCUCGUUCGGCCCAUUCAGACUGGGAAACUAAACCGUUUGACUUGGCGUGGCUGUAUAGUACAAACUUUGAUGAGAUGGUAGAGAAUUGGCUCGUGAGAAUUACCCUUGCUUGA